GAUGAAGCUGAUUCUCGACGAAGACGAUUACGCCGUGCAGGAACUCGAUAAGGCCAUAAGCAUCCUGUCUUCUUUAAAACAAGCCAGAGGGAUUGAAACCACUGACGAAGCCAUAAGGAUCGUUUCUUCAUUGACAGAAUUGAAGACAAAGGAAUCGGUUCCGAAUGAAUCCAAGUGUCCGAUGUCGGGAGAGACUAUGGGUGACCCUGUCGUGGUGGCCUCUGGGCGGGAAUCAUAUUCUUGCUUCAAUUGGUUAUUAAAGAUCCUCAAUGGCAUCAAAGGUUUUAUCGACGCCGCAGUGCUGGCUUCCCCGGACCGAAGCCGUAUCGAUUCGCUCCUCGACAACAUGUCCUCUUCGCUUUCGGAUCAGAAGAGUUCUGCCAAGACCCUCCGGUGGCUCACAGACGAGUACCCCCCGUAUCGGGACCUUCUCGGCAACAACGAGGCUGUUUCUAAAUUGCUCGAGCCACUUGUUGUUCCCCGUAACGCUUGCCUCGAUCUCCAUCUCCAAGGAGAUAUAAUCGCCACGGUUUUAAACAUCUCGCUGCCCGAAGGGAACAAGAAAGCGGUGGUAGAAAAAGAAAGCGGUGGUAGAAAAUCCGCGUGUGAUCCCCUUGCUUAUGGAUGCCUUGAGAACCGGUACCACUCUGACGAAGAGGAAUGCUGCUGA